AUGGCCGGGGGCCUGUCCGGUCCAUCUGGAAAGAGAGGCUCGGCGACCAAGUCGGGGGAUCCCUCCGGGAUCAAGCGGAACGUACGGGACCCCGGAGGAGAUCCGCUGGCCGGCGAACUGGACGGCUGGAAAGAGCGGGCGCUGGUCGCCGAAAAGGAUACGGAAAAGGCGCAAAAAGUGCGCGGGGACUGUGAGACGAAGGCCGCGGAACUGCGCGGGAGAGUGCGCAGACUGAGGGACGACUCCGCGCAUAUGCGCGAGGACAUCGCAGUCCUGCGCAGCACGCUGGAGAUGCAGACGCUGCACGGCGGCGCGAAGGGUUUGGAGGCCGAGGCGGCCGCGCUGAAGGACGCGCUCGCGCGCGAGCGCGAGCAGCACCGGCUGGAGAACCAGAGUGGCGGGAGACGAGCACGCGGCCGAAGACGCUGCUCGCGUUCUGGCCGGAGAAGGUCUUGGACGGCGUCGCGUUCGGGCAGCGGAAUCCGGCGUCCGGACAGCGGAACUCUACGUCCGGCGAGAGGAGCGCGCAGGGGAGCAAUGGCGAAUGACGAUCUGGCGGACAGCGCGGCGAGCCCGAUCCACGUAGCAGCCGCCCUUGCUGCCACGUCGGCGGCUGACGUCAGGGACAGCAGCGAGAGCUCCAACCGGGAGUUCGGGGGAUUCUCCGCCGGCCCGACGGAUCGUCCCCCGAGCUGUUUGAGAUCGAUUCCAGGUGUGUUCACCCGCUGUCGCCGAAGGAGAAAAGCGUCCGGGCAAAAAGAACCGAGUCGGGAAAGAGCGGAACUCGUGAAAAGCGGCGCACAAGGGGCGAAGUGGUAUGCAGGGGGUUUGGCGGUGUCGCCGGCGGCCGACGGCAGUAACUAG